AUGAGAUUGUAUUGUCCUUGUGUUGUUGAUGAAGGAGCAAAUGAGGGACAUUUGAAUUUUGGUCCCACCGGACUUUGUGGAGGUGUAGGAUCUAAGAAAAAUGUUCUUUGGAAAGUUGGAUAUGGAAUGGCGAUUCCAAUUCCAGAUAUGGGAGUAAAGGAAUCAUCAAUAAACGUUGGAGAAUCCCUCCUACCACAACCAAGGGUAGAAUAUGACCGAUUUGAAACCGGGGACUGGAAAUAA